UUGGGAAUCUCUAAUCACUUGCCUUAAUUACACACAUUGUCAACUCUUUAAUUCCUAUAUAAACCCUCCCUCUUAAAGUAACACACAUCAAAUUUUAAUAUCUUCUUUGCAUAUUGUAAAAUUAAUCAGCUAUUUCCUUGAUCCAAAAAUGGCUGAUAUUGAAGGAGAACCGGGAAGUUCUAUGCAUGGAGUCACCGGAAGAGAGCCCGUUCUUGCUUUCUCGGUGGCUUCUCCGAUGGUGCCAACUGAUACCAUGGCAAAAUUUUCAGUACCGGUUGAUACCGAACACAAAGCCAAACAAUUUAAAUUUUAUUCGUUUUCGAAACCUCAUGGCCUAACAUUUCAACUCUCCUGGAUUUCCUUCUUUACUUGUUUCGUUUCCACAUUUGCUGCUGCACCUUUAGUGCCUAUUAUUCGCGACAACCUUAACUUGACCAAAAUGGACAUUGGUAACGCUGGCGUUGCUUCUGUUUCCGGAAGUAUUUUAUCUAGGCUUGUUAUGGGUGCGGUUUGUGACUUGUUGGGCCCGCGUUACGGGUGCGCAUUUCUGAUCAUGUUUUCAGCCCCAACCGUAUUUUGUAUGUCGUUUGUAUCGUCCGCUGGGGGGUACGUAGCUGUCCGGUUCAUGAUUGGGUUUUCACUCGCGACGUUUGUGUCGUGCCAAUAUUGGAUGAGUACCAUGUUUAAUAGUCAGAUUAUUGGGCUAGUAAAUGGUACUGCUGCUGGAUGGGGAAAUAUGGGUGGUGGUGCGACUCAACUCCUUAUGCCAAUUCUUUAUGAUAUAAUUCGAAGGGUGGGUGCAACUCCUUUCACUGCUUGGAGAAUUGCGUUUUUUAUUCCUGGUUGGCUUCAUGUUAUUAUGGGUAUUUUGGUGUUGACUCUUGGUCAAGAUUUGCCUGAUGGAAACCGUGGUGCUUUACAGAAGAAGGGUGAUGUUGCUAAAGAUAAAUUCGGUAACAUAUUGUGGUAUGCUGCAACAAACUACAGGACAUGGAUCUUUGUCCUUCUCUAUGGAUACUCUAUGGGAGUUGAAUUGUCUACAGACAAUGUGAUUGCCGAGUACUUCUUCGACAGAUUUGAUCUAAAGCUUCACUAUGCGGGAAUCAUCGCAGCCACAUUCGGUAUGGCUAACAUAUUAGCUCGUCCAUUCGGAGGAUUUUCUUCAGAUUACGCAGCCAAAAAAUUUGGCAUGAGAGGGAGACUUUGGGUCCUAUGGAUACUACAAACACUCGGAGGAGUAUUCUGUGUCCUGUUGGGCCGUGCAAAUAAUCUGCCUAUUGCCGUAACAUUCAUGAUCCUUUUCUCAAUUGGAGCCCAAGCUGCUUGUGGUGCAACGUUCGGUAUUAUUCCCUUUAUUUCUCGUCGAUCAUUAGGUAUUAUCUCAGGCAUGACAGGCGCUGGAGGCAACUUUGGUUCUGGAUUGACACAACUAUUGUUUUUCACGAGCUCGAAGUACUCAACAGCAGAGGGGCUAACUUAUAUGGGAAUAAUGAUUAUUGGUUGCACUCUUCCUGUGACUUUGUGUCAUUUCCCACAAUGGGGAAGCAUGUUUUUGCCACCAACAAAAGACCCCGUUAAGGGAAGUGAAGAACAUUAUUAUUCCUCCGAGUAUACGGAAGCUGAGAGACAAAAGGGAAUGCACCAAAACAGCUUGAAGUUCGCCGAGAACUGCCGAUCAGAGCGUGGCAAGCGCGUGGGGUCCGCACCUACACCGCUAAAUUUGACGCCAAAUCGUGUCUGAGUUUUGAUUGAAGGUUCAAUGAGUUGAGUUGUCUCAAUAAGAAAAAUUUGUCCUGGUUUUUCUUUGUUUUUUAAAAAUGAUGUUUCUUGUUGAUCUUUGAAGACAAAUACUUGGAAUGUACUAAGGUGGAUGUUGUUUCUUUUUUAAAUGAAGUAUAUAUAUUACUGAUUGUGUGUGUGUUUCCUGUGGCUUUUUCAAAAGAAUAUUCUAUGGCCAGUGGUUGUUGUUUUUCAGGGAGUAGAUUCAGAUGUGUAUAAUA